AAAUUACAGUCCGUAUAUACUUCCGAAAAAUCUCCGGUUUCAAACCAAAACCGCUCAUCCUUUGACCAUGUUGUACAGCAGCCAGCCAGAGAAGGAAAAUAAUAAUUAAAAAAAUAAAUAAAUAAACAAAAAAAAUCCGCCAUUAAUUCACGAAAAACUAAGCAAUUAAACAAAAUCUAGGGUUUGAAGAUCAUAUUAUUCACAUAUCUUUUCUCAGCACAAGCUUCUUUUUUAAUUCCCUUUCUCCACCCUUCCCUCUCUGUUUUCCCUCGCUUUUCUGAAAUUUCCGGUUCCCCGGAGAAAAUUUGGUCCACGUUUUUGUUUUCCGGGAAAAUUUCACCGCCUCCAUUUCUUAGCUCCCUGCUCAUCGUCCUCCAGGAAUUUUAUUCUGUGUGUAUAUUGUGAUUGAGGAUAGGGAGAUUUGGCGAAUUAGGUGAGGGAUAUGUAUUGGUUUACAAUUGAAGAGGAAGGGAUUGGAGCUAUGUUGUACAGGAAUUUAUUAGGUUGAUUUUAAAAAUAAAAAAAAAAUACUAUUUUCUUUGGUGUUAGAUUAAUUGUGGAUUUAGGGUUUGGUGAAUGUGCAUUGAUCUAUGGAUUUCGAAAGUGCGUCCCCAAUGUCAGAGAGGCUGGCCAAAUGCUGUGAUUGUGGUUGCAGCUGUUCCAUGAUGAAUGAAUCCUUUUCUGGUACUUGGUCCCGCAACAUGAAACGCAAGUACCAAGAAUUCGAUGGCACUGCUUUUACUAUUCCAGGAUUAAUCUUACCUCAGACGGCACGUAUUGAUAUUGAAAAUGAAUGUGCUGCCCUUCGUGAAAUGGUCAGCAACCAGCAGCAGAUGAUCCUGGAUUUACGUAUUGAGUUGGAUAAGGAGAGAAAUGCCUCCUCAACAGCGGCUGAUGAGGCAAUGUCAAUGAUCCUGAGGUUGCAAAGCGAAAAAGCAGAGAUUCAGAUGGAAUUUACGCAAUUUAAAAGAUUUACAGAGGAAAGAGCAGCACAUGACCAACAGGAGAUGGAGGCCUUGGAGGACUUGGUGUUUAAGAGGGAGCAAACAAUGCAAUCUUUGACGUGUGAGGUGCAAAUGUACAAACACAGAAUGCUGAGUUAUGGGUUCACAGAAUCUGAAGCUGAUGGAGAGGGUGAAAAAAGGGGUCAUUUGAGUGAGAAUAAUAGCAUGGCUGAGAUUUCGGAUGAACAAUUUGAACUUCCUUUAUGCGACUAUCCCCCGCUCAAAUGCUUGAAUGAGAAUCAAGUUUGCUCUGAGGUUGAAAAUGAGAUUGUGGAUGUUGAGAAAUAUGCAUUUGGGGAGACACCACAUUCACAGGAUCAUUUGCAAGACUUGGAGUGUAGGAUCAACCAGUUGGAGAGGAGUCCUAGGUUCAGUCAACCCGAUGGAGAAUCGUAUAAGAACAAUGUCCUUGAAAAAGUGAUAGUUGAUCAAUCUCCUCAUAUGAGUGAGUCGCCAACAGAUAGUUCAGGUACCUUCUUCCCUACAAAUAAUGAAAUGGAUUCUAAUAUCAUAACAGAGUCUCCAAAAUUUGGUGGAAGUUCUAGGAGGACAGAACUUCCACAGGUGUAUGAGUUUUCAAAUGUGAGGAAAGCGGAUAAUGCAUCAGAUGUUGAAGAUGACACGAGUGACAGAGUUUACACGAUUGACUCCAUUCAUCAAAGUGUAUCGCACAAUGAUGCUGCAAAUGCCAAGGCAACUAUUGGAGUGGGUGUUGAUUUCGUUACAUCCCCAACGGAAUCAUCAAAUUAUACAAAUAUGGAAGAUCCUGAUGUCAAGAAGCUUUUUAUGAGACUUCAAGCACUUGAGGCCGAUAGGGAGUCAAUGAGACAGGAAAUUGUAUCAAUGCGGACUGAUAAAGCACAGCUGGUAUUGCUGAAGGAGAUUGCCCAGCAGUUGUGCAAAGACAUGACACCAGCAAUGGAAACACGUUUGAGGAAGCCAUAUGCUGCUGGGCCCACUUCAUUUACGUCAAUGUCCACGUGGGCCGAGUCCUUAGUCACAUGGAGAAGGAAAACAAGUAGAUGCAAGCAAAUGUUUGGGUUGUCUGGCAACAAUGCGGGCUUGCUAACUCUGUUAAACAAGGGACCUUGCGUGGGACAGUGGAGAUGUCUUACGAGCACUCAAGUCUGAAACCAGUUCCGGUCUCCUGACCACAGCCUAUGUUCAUCAAUGUAAAUGCAGCAGAUUGGAAUAAAUGGUAAUAGCUGUUACUUCUGGCAGUGAUGUUCUGGAUUCCAAAUUGAUGCAGAUUUAUGAUGGGCAGUGUGUGCAGUGUUCUUUGACUUUAUCAUUGAAUCUGAAUACUUAAUGUUUAAGCGUGGUGAGCAAAGAUAUACCAUUAGCCAUGUGGCUCUUGCAGUUUUAUGGCUGUGGAAUUUUACUGAAAGGGCAUCUACAAAUAGUUUCUCCUGUACAUAACUACAUAAGUACAUAACAGUUUGUGCAUGAAUUUUCUGUGAAAAAUAUGAUAAUCAAAUUCUUUUUUAUGGCAGGACCAUAAUUUUGU